UUUUGCCUUGACUUAUGGCGUAGAUUAUCAGUGUUAUCAAUCAUUCAAAUUUUAUUUUAGAAUUCGGAACAUCCUCAUGUCUAAAUUAUCAACUGUAAGAGAAGUUACGUUCGUUCCUGUAAUCAAGAAGGAAAAUCCCUUUUUGCUCAUUUAAGAUGAAACAUUUUGUCUUUUUGGGAAUAUGCCUUUUAUUGAUCAUCAGUUCUAUACCAUAUGGACAGUCCGAUUCUUCAUGCACUUCUAAUUGCGAUGAUGAUUGCAGCAGUUCAAAUUGUUCAUCAGGAUGUACUACGGACUGUCAAAGACCAUGUAGAAAAAGAUGUAACAACAACGAGUGCCGUAGUAAAUGUGAUGUGAAAGAACCCGAAGAACCAGUUGUACAGAAAACAAAAGAAAUCUUAAUAACACCUCAAAAAGAUUCGGGAAGUAAAACAAACAGCGUAAACGAUAUCAAAAAUGACUACAACGUUAAUAUUAAUCCGAACAUCACUCUGACUAACACAAUAAGUAAUAUUAACAACAUUAGCGUUCCUAUAAAUGUAACAUCGAUAAACAUGAACAAUAUACGUGUAAGUACUGCUGAUGCCAGAAGCACUCAAACAAAUAUUACGGCUGGUGGUUGCUCUGGGAAGAACCCACCUCCUGAUUGCGGAAGGAACCAAAGGCCGAUAAUAAUCCUCCCAUAUCCUCAAAGGACGCAACUACCUCCUCCACAACCUAGGGUUAUUGUGCAGCCUAUAGUUCGGGAACCAAUAAUUGUCCAGGCACCUCAAACUCCACCGCCACCUCAACGAAUUCCAAUUAUUGUUCCUACUCCCAUAAUACAGCAAAAUCCCGUUCCAGUUCCUGUUCCUGUUCAACCACAACCUAUUGUUCAGCCCAUACCACAGUACUACUGGUUUUCUCAGCAGUAUAUCCGACAACCACAACAAACUAUAAUCGCUCAACCUCAGCAACAAGUGAUAUACACGCCACAACCUCAACCUUGUGGUUCUCCUGAAGGACUAUGCGGUUCUAGUUGCUUAAAUCAACCAUGUUCAUCUCGAACUCAACAGAUGAUUCCCAUAAAUUAUGGAAUUCCCUCAUCAACCUGUCAAGGAGGAGGCUGUCCAAGCAAAUUCAUGUACGCUCUUACUAGCCCUUAUAUUUCAUCAAACCAAGUAGCUCAGUACAGUGGUGUUAAUCCUUAUUAUGCAAGAACCGGUCUCCCACAGUAUGGUGCAAUUGGUUCCAUAGAUGCAAGAAAUGGACUCUCACAAUAUGGUGCAAUUGGUUCAGUAGAUGCAAGAAAUGGACUCUCACAGAUGGGAGCCUUGACUUCGUACGCUUCAAGAAAUGGAGUACCACAAUAUAAUAAUUUUCAAAGUAAUUUCAUGAAUCAACUACCAGUUGGAGUAGAUUCAUAUUUUAUACCAGAUCAAUUGUCAAGUUAUCAGAUACAAGGUGGAAAUUCCACGAAAAUUGCUAACACAUCAAAUUGAUGUGUGAUAUUUAUAAAUAAACUCUUAUGCUCACUUCUUAA